AGCGGCUCCGCAGCGACUCAGAGGCUCAGAGCUGAAGUUGCUCUCAGCACGUGCGUGUGAAUGACCGUGAAACCGGCAGGCUGACAGACACGGCGGCGGCAUCUGCAGCUCAAUGAAGCUGGCGUCAUGAAUCACGGAGCGGAUUUGUGAAUGAAGACUCGGAGCGGAAACGUCGUUCCAGCUGCGCCGCAGGACGCGAUCACCACACGAAGCGGCUGAUCUGAGAAGCGGUUUUCAUUCAUUUUUCCUGUUUUAAUUGGAACUAGGAGGCAGGCUGGGAAGAUUCCAGGUGAAUGGCGAAUGCCCACAUUGUCACUGGUGACUAAUCAAAGACAAAACUGAACUAGUUUCGCUGAAAUGUCCCGCUAUGCCUCAUUUGGAGACGUGGGCGCGUAAAGGACGCUUUGCUCCGGUGCCAUUGCGCGCAGCCAUGCGCACAGCUCCAGGCUGCGCUUAGUCUGACCUCCGUGCGUUAUGCUGAAUGGACCGACCUUCCGCGGCCACGACCCGAUGCGACUCGUCGACCCGAGGCACCUUCCGCAACUGAUGUCCCUGGAGGACCAUGAGCCCACCAUGGUGGAGGGGACCCUGGGGCCCCGCAACACCACGCCCGCAGGGGACGAAGGGGCCCCGGGUCAGCAGCACCAGUCUUUCCCCUGGGUGGUGACCUUGCUGGCCGGCGUCCUCAUCACGACCAUCGUGGUGGAUGUUAUCGGGAACCUGCUGGUCAUCGUGUCCGUGUUCAGGAACAGAAAACUCAGGAAGGCAGGAAACGCCUUCGUCGUGAGCCUGGCCCUCGCCGACUUGGUGGUCGCCAUCUAUCCCUACCCGCUGGUCUUGACCGCCAUCUUCCACGACGGCUGGAUCGCUGGCUACAUCCACUGUCAGAUCAGUGGCUUCCUCAUGGGCCUCAGCGUCAUCGGCUCCAUCUUCAACAUCACAGGCAUCGCCAUCAACCGCUACUGCUACAUCUGCCACAGCCUCAAGUAUGACAAACUCUUCUCCAACAGCAACACCAUGUGCUACGUGGUGCUCGUGUGGGCACUCACCAUCCUCGCCAUCGUGCCCAACUGGUUCGUGGAGUCCCUGCAGUAUGACCCACGGGUCUACUCCUGCACCUUCGCCCAGUCGGUCAGCUCGCUGUACACCAUCACAGUGGUGGUGGUGCACUUCAUCCUGCCCAUCGGCAUCGUCACCUACUGCUAUCUGCGCAUCUGGAUCCUGGUCAUACAGGUGAGGCGGAGGGUCAAGCCGGACUCACGGUCCAAAAUCAAACCGCACGACCUCCGCAACUUCCUCACCAUGUUCGUGGUGUUCGUGCUCUUCGCCGUCUGCUGGGCGCCGCUGAACCUGAUCGGCCUGGCGGUGGCGCUGGACUCCAGGCUGAGCCGGGCCAUACCGGAGUGGCUGUUCACGGCCAGCUACUUUAUGGCAUACUUCAACAGCUGUCUCAAUGCUGUCGUCUACGGCGUUCUGAACCACAACUUCAGGAAGGAGUACAAGAGGAUCGUCCUGAUCAUCUUCAAGUUCCACUGCUGAGAUGAAACACUUAGAACAGAGGCUACAGAUAGGGUUUAUUUUAACUUAAAUCACAAGAAAACACCAUUAAAAAGCCAUGAGCAAGAGAAAAAGAAGAACUUGACCAUGACAAAGAGAAGAAAACAGGACUAAUGGAAGGAAAAUAAAACAAAUAAAGAGCUGUGGCAGAGGAAAAUAAGAGCACUUAGAAUGAGUGAGAAAAAUAGAAGAACUUAAAUAGCUGGAGGAGGAGAGGUGGAGGGUGGAGACGAAGUGAAAUAAAUGAGGCCACACUGAGUUAUCAGUGAUGCCUUCAGGGAAACUGAGAGACUUAAAAAAUGCAGAAAGGGGAGGCAGAGACCAGAAUUUGGGAGAAACUCCUAACUUAGUAAUGUGUUUCUUCACGACUUUCUUUGCUAACGAAGUCAUGAAUUACCGUUGAUGAGUUGCUGCUUAUAUUUUUAACCAACUUCCUACUUCAAUUCGAUGUUGGGUUCUGAAAAUGUUGUGAUUCUUUCAUUGGAUUCAUUUUGAUGCAUAACCUCCUUUGUGAACUAGAUUCAAGGCAGAAAUCCUCCAAUACUGUGAUUUUUUAAAAGGACUGUUUCUGUUUCUUGAUUGUUUACUGAAGACAAAAUAGCAAAGAUGAUGAAAAAAAAACAAACAGGUGCUUCUGGGAGAUUUGAGUAGUGUAUUGAAGUAAGAAGCGAUUGAAGAUGCUACAUUUCGAACACUGAGAUCUAACAUGAACUCCAGUAGGAGCUGAGAGUCUUCUUGGCUGCUUAUUUACCCUAAUUACUUGGAUAUUUUAAAUUCAGUAUUAAUGAUUUUUUGAGGACUGAGCCAAGAACAGUGGAAGACAAAGAGGGAGAAAAGGAUGGAGGACUUAAACCGGUGACUUGACCCUUUGACCUGAAAUGACUUGAUUAGAUUCACAAGCACAAAGAUUUUUCAAAAAAAACGUGAAAAUUCCACAGCAGUGAUUUGAGAGGUUUCUAGACAAUUUAGUACAUUUUCUCCUUGAUAAACGCAGAAAGGUUCUUUAAAAAAGAAUGGAUCUAUGAUGUAAUUUCAGAGCCUGCACACCUUGUUCUUCCACAAUCAUGGGAAAUACAAGCAACAUUGUGUUCUAUUCACGAACCAGUCAAGUGUUGUGAUGGUUCUGGUAAUCAGUGGAGCUGCCGUUUGACCUGCUGUAUCAACCAUAAUCCCAACUCUAAACAUUCAAAUCAACACAAGAAAAACUGGAUCCCUACUUAUUGUGAAAUGAAAUGAAAGGAAAGCAGUCAGUUUGUCCAAUAAGAUCCACACUGCGAUGACACUGUGCACAUGAAAAUAGCUUUUUGAGGCUCUAAGUAAGUUCACAAGGAUUCAAACCGUAACAUUUGCUCUUAUGAGGAUGGAAUCAAUGUGGAAGAACCUUAAAGUGUACAGGCACAGACUGCCACUAGUUGCUGGCUUUUAAAAAAAAAAAAAAAGCCUAAUUGAUGUCAUUCACAGUUGAACAGCUAAUUCAUUACAGUUGCUGUUACUAAAUUGGCGCCGGCUAAUAGCUGUGCUGUAAAAUAUGGCUCAGUUAAUAGGGAUUGGAGGCUCAGAAAGCUGCCAUUUAGUUCACCAAGGUGUCUAAAUAAAUGAUUAAAUGUGAUCCCGAUCUAGGUUGCAGAAUGUAGAACGUGCACGUGCCAAAUUUAGGCAUAUCAAAUAGACAUAUCGAUAGUUAGGGUUAUGGUUAGGGUUAGGGAUUUUUUGGGGGCUAGCAUGAAUUUUAGCCACGACCAAUUCUUUAGUUUCAGCUGAUACAUUUGGUCAUCCAGAAUGGGAUUUGUCCAUGACACUGCCCAUUUCUUUAAACUUUUUAACCACCCUCGUCACCGUGGAAAAGACAGAUGGAAUCCUCCUUGGAUGACAUGCAUUAAAAUCAUCUGCUAUCUUUUGAUAUGUUCAUUGAUGUCCACUGAGAAGUUCCAGUUCAACUCUUUCUUCUUUCGACAAAGCCAUAUUUAAUCUGUGGAGUCAAAAAAAAAUUAUGAGAUUUCCCAUGUGUCUAGACUUUAGGAACACCCUGUACUUACAGGGCACAAAUUGGUGCAUAAAAGUCCCCUGGUCCAGAGUGUGAAAGGUGAAAUAUCCAUAAUGCUGCUGACCACAAGCUGAAAAUAAGAGCUCAAAGCUGCUCCAGUGGCCAAACCUCGCUACGUUCACCUUCACAUAUAAUCUAUGGUUGAUUCUUUGUGCCUCAUGCGUAAUGAGUUCUCAUGCAAAAUCAGCGAACAGUGCCCUACAGCGUCUAAUAAGACACGCAAACUGCUAUAACAACCUCUAAUUUAUCCCUUUCUCUACUUUGUCACAUUUCAUGGAGAGACGGUAAGAAGGAAAAGCUGUGUUGAUUACAUUUUCAAGGUUCUAACAACAGUUUACUGAUAAUUACUAGUAUAUAUCUGCUGAUUAAAACCAACAACAACAAAACUUUAACUGGUAGUUUAGGAGCCCAUAAUGACUUGUUCAAAAUCAAAGUUUAAGACUUGGACUUGACUUUUAGUGCCAACUUCUGAAACUACGACUUGGAAAACAAAAACUCUUCACCACCUCCGGAGUCGUUCCUCUCUGCUGAAAGCUGUGUUGCUUUGUACCCCUGAGGCACCGACUUGUUUGUCCUUCAGGACGGUCUCGCCUCGUCGCACGACCGCCUCCUUAUACCUGGGAAACGAACACGCACAGGUGUGAAGGAUUGUGCGCCUCUGCUGCAUCCUGCUCUAAUCCCAUCUGAACAUGUUUCCUCACAGGCGUGUUUGCAUGCUCUCAAACGAGCAGAAACAGGAGGAGAAAAACAAGGUGUCUCGGCCAUUCAGAAGCAAUACUGUGUCCGCGUUCAUUCAGACUCUUAGCUUGAGUUCCCAAAACCCACAAAAACACGGCAGAGCUCGUUCACUGCGCUCAGCUCCCUCCCUGCAGCGAGCACAUUUACUUUACCCUUCGAAUCCAAACAUUAAUCACGAGAAUUAACAGCAAAAAAAAGACAAGAGGAAAAAAACUGUUGAAUAUAAAUAAUUAAAUUACAGUUGUUCUGAAUGGUACUCUGACCACAUCACUGUGUUUCACACUCCUGGAAAGUGGAAGAUUAGUAUAGCCUGUGUAUGAAUAAGUGGAGGUGCUGCUGCUGCUGCUGCUGCUGUGAUAAUCUGCCUGUGCUUCAGACCCAUUUUAAUGAGUUCACAGUGUGUGUGUGUGUGUGCGUGUGUGUGUGUGUGUGUGUGUGUGUGUGUGUGUGUGUGUGUGUGUGUGUGUGUGUGUGUGGAUCCGGCUGCUCUGGGAUCAGUUCUUCCCCAGUUUCAAGGUCCACUAAGGGUUCUUAAAUUGGCAACAGGGCCAGCUGUUGGAAGGAAGAGUGUGUUUAUGCCUUCGCUCCAUUUUCGUGCCAAAAUGUUGCCAGUUCCAAACCUAGUUAAGAUGUUUACCGGGAAAUUUAAAGAGAAAUGCUCUUUAGUUUCUACCCGGUGAGCACUAACUGGGCAAUUGGCAGGUAAAAUGACAUCGUAACAUAUAAAACUGAAUUUGGGAAGUUUAUAGGACAGCUUGAGAGGCCGGUUGAUGGACUUUGUUACCACUGGAGAUGAGCCAGAUCGGUUUUAUGCCAAGCUGCUCUAACCAGCAUCAAUCUUCUCAUUUCAGCAAGAAAGUGAAAGAUAUUAACCAAAAAAAAUGUCAAAUUGUUCUUUCAACUGAUUAACUAAGUCACUAAAGAGACACUACAGGUGAAUAGGGCAAAGAAAAAGUUAAACUUUCCCAUUGGAUUACUUACAUUAUUGUUUUGUAUCGCAAGUUUUCUGUAAUGGUAUUUUCAAAUAUGCAAAUGAGCUAUUACAUUUCUAAAAUUGCAUGCAUAUAUGGAACAGAAGUCUGAUCACUGGAUAAAGCCAUGUUUAAACUUCAAAGGUUUUUAUAGAGGGGGGUUUUGGAUGUUUCUUUUUCUUGCUCCAUAAAUUAGAAAAUAUUAUUAAUAGAAAGGAAAAAGAAAUCCAUUUUUGUGAUGUUUUAACAAAUAAAAUGUUAUAUAAAGCAGGCUAUGAAUAAUACGUGGACAACCCCUUUGUAAAAACCUCUAGAACAUAGACAGGAACAAAAUUGGAAAUUUUGGUUGCUACUGAAAUUAAAAUAAUUUGGGGGAACUGCUUUUAAAGAUUUGUGUUGCAAUUGGAAUCUAUAGCCUCAAACAGAAAACGUGUUGUAAAGAAAAAACACCUAGAUGUGAGUAUUUUUUGGAUGUUUUCAUUCCGUUCCUCUGAAACGUGACAUGAAAGCGAAAUAUCCAAAAUCUCAAAAUUGGCCGGUGCAUGAAAAAGCUGAUUUUGCCCACGGUGUCUCACCUCAACAUGGGAAUUCCAUCAACUCCACAGGGUUUUCAUUUCUUCUGCUCAAAAACAUUGCUGGAGGAAGUUUAUUUGUCAUCAUGACGAGUGUUAGAUAAAGUAGAUGAAGCUAGAGCCAGAUUAUGAUUAGAUUUGCAGAACAUAAAGACUGGAAGCUGAAGGAAAACGCUAACCUGAUGAUUUUUUUUCUUUUUGUUGCCUAAUUCAUACAAAAAGAAGGCAAAACUUACAAUUUACACCUAUAAGGAACAAUUUCCUGGAUGGGAGCUGUGACUUCCCAUAGAAACCAAAUCAAAUAGUGUCCUUAGUGAGUUUACAAAUAGUUAGAAAGUGGAUUUUGUUACCUUCAGACAGAACUGGAUGUGCAGUUUCCCUCCAUUUCCAGUCUUUGUGGUCAUAGCUUCAUAUUUGCCACACAUACACGAGAAUCUAAGUGUUUGCGAGAAAGCAAAUAACACAUUUAGACAUAUAGAUCACAUGUAACUAUUACUUCAGUCUGCAUCAGAUUAGAUACUGAAUCAUAUUCAUGAAUGAAAUAAACCAAAGGAUCAAAACCUUUCCUACCAGUUAAUGACCCCAGAUGUUAAUAGAAAGCUGUCAUAAGGCUGAAAAAAAAAUGUUUUUCUUUGAAAAUGAGAUAUUAAAUCAAAGAAUGAGCUCACAGUGUCGAAACCCACCUUCAUUGUGCACAUAGAUCUGAAUUUACAUCCACAGGAGCUGCAGCCAGUAAAUGGACCCCUGGUGUGGGCUGGUUAGAAAAGCCGGAUGAGGAUAGUAGCAGAUAUAAUUGGCCCACUGAGGAUUGAAAAGUAUAGCAUCUGCCUUUCACCUGUAGUCGUGUACAUCGAAAGAUCUCAUUUUUCUUCUUUUCAGUGCUUAAAAUCAAUGCAAUGAACUAAGCUUGUUGUCGUCUGUGUGUUUGGAACAGUUAAAAAAAAGAAAAUAUAAUAAACGUGUCUGUGUCUGUGGCUGAAGGCCAGCCAGUUGCAAUGGAAGCCAACAGUAAAUGAGAAUGUACCUGUUUUCCUUUCAUACGCUGUUUUGCACAUCGCCGUGGAGAAUGUUUCCUCUGAAUGUCUGUAAUGUUGAUGAGACAAAAGAAACCCACCAAGCCCUGGAAAACAUGUCUUAAUAAAAGAACGUUCACUGUGA